GACCAAAUGUACUCUGAGCAGAGUUGAUUUAACUCUGGGGAUUUUAAUGUGUAACACUAAGUUUAGGUAAGAUUAAGGGAUGUAGAAUAUGGUCAAUCAGAGUCAGGCAUUAAUAUGUGCUUUAUAAGGACUAAUAUACAGCCAAUAUCCUAGUAAUAGGCAUGCUAAUAAGCAAGUGGUUCAUGGUGAGAAUUGGACCCUAAACUAAAGUGUUACCAUUAUUUGACAUCAGAAAAUGUAGUAUGCAAUAUGUAAAAAAAGCUUGAAGCAGAUUCAUCAUAAAAUAAAGAAUGUUUUAGUAUGUUAUUAGAACACAUCAAACGUGUUGUUAUUAAACUGUGCUUUAGCUCAUGGUUAUUUUUGGAUGGAUACCUGAAGUGUUCUGCAGAGCAUCCACCAGGAUAAAGUCUUCAUUAAUUCAGACCAAAAGGAGAUUCUCGAGGAGGUCGCGGAAAAGCUUAAACUGCAACUGGUUGACGCCAUUCCCGCACAACCCGAAAGCCCAAGCUCAUUGACAAAGAACAUCUCGAUGGAGUCAUCUAGCACGAAUGUUGAAGACAAGACAUGCUUGGAGGUCCUACCAGAUUUGCACGCUAUACAAGAACCAGUAGCUGUUGCUGAAGAACAUCUAAGUGAAAGAAAAGCCAGUGAGGUACAUCUAAAAUCUGAAGAACCACCAACAAUUGACGCUAAGGUUCCAGAAGAUGAAGAACCUAAGAUUGUGGAUGCUGAACGGGCCUUGUUAGAAGACAAGGAACUUAUUAAAAUUUUUGAAAGCAUAAUAUCAGAUGAAAGGGAACAAUUAGCAUGUGAGAACAUUCCAGUGUGUGAAACUACCAAACAUCUGAUUGAUAAACUUGAACCUAUUUCCAAAAAACUGACGAAAGUAGCUGAUGAAUCUGAUAGUUUUAUUGCGCACGGCAUGUCUUCAGUUGUCAAAUUAGCAGUUGAUGCUGUCCACGUCCUGUCUCCUGUUGAGGAACCAGUCGUUGGAACUGAGGAGCCAUUGCUAGUUGCUGAAGAAAUUGCGGAUAUUGUUGAGGAAAUCUUGCAGAUUACUCAGGAACAAGAAACGGUGUGCCAUGCAAAUGAAACCGAAGAAGUCCUAAGCAACAAUUUCAAGGAGUCGUUGGUCGUUUCAGAGGAACCAUUAACAACAUCUGUGGAACCAGCGCUGGUUGCUGAAGAAGAAAUGUCCCCUGCCGCUUUCGAAUUCAUCUUAGAUGCUAAUGGAAAGGCAGCUGUAGAUGAGGAAAGUUGGGUGAUUAUUGAGGAACCGGCUCGACCACUGAACGUCUCUGCCCAUAGUGGACGUUCAGAAGAACCUGCGCUCACUAAAAGUAAAUGUAAUUCAGCAGAAUCUACUCAAAUUCUUUCCCAACUCAAGUCCAUUUGCACUAAGGCUUUAGAAGAUGCUUCCUAUAAGCCGCUCAGUGUAGAUGUAUGUGCUGAUGAAAGCACUAUUCACAUCACAAUUGAGGUUUGCCCGGACGAGUUCACAUGUCUGAAUAAGGUCAGUUACAACAACGAUGUUCUUUCAACGAGAAAGGCACUGCAUGGACAAACUCACCGCAUGCGAUUCACUCAAAAUCAUUUCCUCAAGAUGCCUGUCAUCGAUUAACACAAAAUUAACAUGAAUUGUUCCUGAAAGUGUCGUCGAAACUUACUGCAUCAAAAAAUAACACUUGAUAGUUUAUCAUGUUGGAUUAUUGUGUUCUCUCUAUAAAUACUACCGAUCAAACUUUUUAAAUACAUGUUUUAUGUUUCUGAAAGAAGUCUCUUCUGCUCACCAAGACUGCAUUUAUUUGAUCAAAA